AUGAUGGAUAAAAUCGCCAGUAGGGGAGUUCUAAGUGCCGAUGGUCAAUAUCCAGUAUGGAUGAAUACGAGUGAGAAUGAAUUACUCGCUGAAGCCCAAGCUCAAAAGGUGCUCCAACAGCAGCAGCAGCAAUUGGGAGGAUCAGAAAGUAGAUUGAGCAAAGAAAUGGAAGCUAUCUACAGUACCAUCUCUAAACCUGGUAUGGGUCCCGGAGGUUUGAUGCCUUUCUUGUCGGAUGCGUUGGUCGAAUCGAUCGAAUCUCAAAAACAACAACAACAACAACAACAAUCAGGAUCGGGACUAGGGUCGGGUAAUCAGUCUGCCGCUCGAGGUGGUUUGAAUACUAGUGGAUUGGGGGGAGGCAGUGGGAUAGGACAGACAUUAAGUCCAGAGAUCGCAAACAAAUUUGGAAAGAAACAGACGAUAGGUAAAGAUGGACAUUUACAUGUUAUUCAUAAUAUGACUCAGGAACAACUUAUGGCUGAGAUUAAUAAAGAUGGAGGUUUACCUGGAGAUGGACAGGUACGGUAUAAAGAGGGUGAGAAAGAGUUUGGGAGAGUGGGGGACAUGUUAAGAGGGAUAUAUCAGUGA